ACCAAGGCGACAUAUCGACUACCGAACUGCCACAUCCAUGGUCGUCGAAGACGCGGUGUUCACUGAAGUGAAGACGCCCAAGGCUGGCGAUGUCCUGGCCGACAAGGCCGUCCCGCUCACGUCGACAUUCUGGUGCAGCCUCGCAGUGCUGCUGCUGCUUCCCUUCCAGUUCGGCUGGUCGGUCGGUCAACUAAACCUCACGACUUUCAACGACGAGGACGACUGCAACGUACGCCCGGUAGUCGACGGAACGUGCCUGAUGUUCCCCGGGCACAGCAGCACUGAAUGGACGUUGAUCGUGAAUGCAUGGAUUGUAGGUGGUAUGAUCGGGAGUCUUGGCUGUGGUGCCAUAUCCGAGCGCUUCGGACGUAAGAAGGUAUUGCUAGUGAACGCCAUCGUCAUGUUGGCAGGCGCUGUGAUUCAAGCGAGCACGUCCAGUAUUCCGGUCUUCAUGGUAGGGCGUAUCGUUGCCGGUAUCGCGUCGGGCUGUGCGACGGGUAUGGUGGGUGGCUACAUCAGUGAGAUCACGCCUCCGAGUCGCCGUAACUCGUACGGCACGUUCAUGCAGGUAUCUCUUUCGGCCGGUAUCUUAGUAGUAACCAUCAGCUUCUUCUUCGCGGAUACCAGCAGCGGGUGGCGGUACAUCGCAGCGUUCCCCGUCUUAAAUGCCGGUUUCUUCUUGGCGUUCGCGCCGUUUGUUCUAGUAGAGAGUCCCGCGUGGCUACUGGAGAAAGGUGACCGGGAGCGUGCAGAGCAAGAGAUUGCCAGGCUGUACGGUCAUGGAUUCGUACCGCAGGCGCUGUCGUGGAUGGAGCCAAGUGUCAACACUGAUCUCGAGUCCGAGCCGCUAUCUGAAGAGCAACAGUAUGAAGGCGGCACGCUGUCACUGCUGUUUUCGCCGCUCUUUAUCAAGCAACUUCUGGUCGCUCUCGGCGUGUCGGCUGCGCAGCAGCUUACCGGUAUCAACGCGGUGUGCUAUUACUCGUCCGACAUUUUCUCGGAUGCAGGCGUCUCUGACGGCCGUGUGGGCGGCGUCAUUGUGUACGUUCUGAUGCUGUUGCCAACGAUGGCCGUCGCGCGACUGUCGGAGCGAUUCGGCAAUCGACGGCUGCUGCUUACUGGAUUGGCCGGUAUGUUUAUUAGCGCUACGGGUAUUACACUGGCGCUUGCUUUGUCGGUCGAGGUGCUCUCUAUCGUCUUUAUGGGCACUUUCGUUGCUUUCUUCUCCGUAAGCGUUGGGCCGCUUAUCUGGCCUAUUACGGCUGCAUUGUUCACGGACUCGGUACGCGCCACUGCUGUCUCCAUGUGCAUUUUCAUCAACUGGGUCUGCAACCUGAUCAUUGGCGUCUUCUUCCCAUACGUCUCGGAUGCACUGGACGAGUACAAGUUUGUCCCCUUCAUGGUGACCACCGCCGCGUUUUUCUUCUUCACUCAGUUUUGGAUCCCAGAGACCGCAGGCAAGAGCACCGAGGAGAUCCAAGCCACCUUCCGUCCCCGCGAUACUCACAAGCCGGAUCGGUCAAGCUGAGUGUGUGUAAAAACAUAAUAGCAAAGCGAGUUAGCCUAAAUAGAUACAUCGGAAUACUUUAGUAAAAAAAAAAACAAGGGCUGAGCCUACAG